AAGGCCAGUGCUACACCAGUAUCGGUCAGACAGUACCCCUUGAGUAGAGAGGCUCGAGGAGGAAUUUGGCCGCAUGUUCAAAGAUUAAUCCAACAGGGCAUCCUAGUUCCUGUCCGAUCCCCUUGGAAUACUCCCCUGCUACCGGUUCGGAAGCCUGGGACCAAUGAUUAUCGACCAGUACAGGACUUGAGAGAGGUCAAUAAACGGGUGCAGGACAUACACCCAACGGUCCCGAACCCUUAUAACCUCUUGAGCGCUCUCCCGCCCGAACGGAACUGGUACACAGUAUUGGACUUAAAAGACGCCUUCUUCUGCCUGAGAUUACACCCCACUAGCCAACCACUUUUUGCCUUUGAGUGGAGGGAUCCAGGUACGGGAAGAACUGGACAGCUCACCUGGACCCGACUGCCCCAAGGGUUCAAAAACUCCCCGACCAUCUUUGACGAAGCCCUGCAUAGAGACCUGGCCAACUCCAGGAUGCAACACCCCCAGGUGACCCUCCUCCAGUACGUGGAUGACCUGCUUCUGGCGGGAGCCACCAAACAGGACUGCUUAGAAGGUACAGAGGCACUACUACUGGAAUUGUCUGACCUAGGCUACCGAGCCUCAGCUAAAAAGGCCCAGAUUUGCAGGAGAGAGGUAACAUACUUGGGGUACAGUCUGCGGGACGGGCAGCGAUGGCUGACAGAGGCACGGAAGAGAACUGUAGUCCAGAUACCGGCCCCAACCACAGCCAAGCAAGUGAGAGAGUUUUUGGGGACAGCAGGUAUGCCUUUGCGACUGCGCACGUGCACGGGGCCAUCUAUAAACAAAGGGGGUUGCUUACCUCAGCAGGGAGGGAAGUCAAGAACAAAGAAGAAAUUCUAAGCUUGUUGGAGGCCUUACAUUUGCCAAAAAGGCUAGCCAUUAUACAUUGCCUUGGGCAUCAGAAAGCCAAAGAUCUCAUCUCAAAAGGAAACCAGAUGGCCGAUCAGGUCGCCAAGCAGGCAGCCCAGGGUGUUAACGGUCUGCCUAUAAUAAAAACGUCCAAAGCCCCAGAACCCGGACGGCAGUACACCCUAGAAGACUGGCAGGAGAUAAAGAAGAUAGGCCGGUUCUCUAGGAUCCCAGAGGGGACCUGCUAUACCUCAGAUGGGAAGGAGAUCCUACCCCACAAAGAAGGGUUAGAGUAUGUCCAACAGAUGCGUCGUCUAACCCACCUAGGAGCUAAACAUCUGCAGCAGUUGGUCAGAACAUCCCCUUAUCAUGUUCUGAGACUACCGGGAGUGGCUGACUUGGUGGUCAAACAUUGUGUGCCCUGCCAGCUGGUUAAUGCUAAUCCUUCCAGAAUACCUCCGGGAAAGAGACUAAGGGGAAGCCACCCAGGCGCUCACUGGGAAGUGGACUUCACUGAGGUAAAGCCAGCUAAAUACGGAAACAAAUAUCUAUUGGUUUUUGUAGACACCUUUUCAGGAUGGGUAGAGGCUUAUCCUACUAAGAAGGAGACUUCAACCGUGGUGGCUAAAAAUAUUGGAGGAAAUUUUUCCAAGAUUUGGAAUACCUAAAGUAAUAGGGUCAGACGAUGGUCCAGCUUUUGUUGCCCAGGUAAGUCAGGGACUGGCCAAGA